AUGUCCUAAUUUUUACUCUAGUUGUCAUCUUAGAUUAUAAGGUUUUGUGAUGUUAUAAAAUAGUUACUUUGGCCUCUCAUGCAGGAAGGUGGUAUUGAUUUGGUAACAAUCAUCAAGGGAACUAGCUUCUAUCAUUGUGGAAAAUACCAUGACUGUUGUCAGAUUACAUGCCACCUACACCUCCUGAAUUCUAGAAGUUAUAUGAAUCAAAUAGGGAUAGCACAUCCAUUGCUGUUUGAAAGAUUGAGAGAAGGCAGGUUACCUGAUGUAUCAACCUUUGACUCAAUAUGAUUAAUGGGGGCAGUUCCUGUUUCAGGAACAAAUUUCUACAAGCUUAUGUCUUCAAAAUCUCAUAGCCUGUUGUUCCCUGGAGGGGUGGGCGAGGCUCUUCACAGGAAGAUACCUUACUUUAGGGAUUUUAUAGAAGAUUUGACAGAAGAGGCUGUGUUAUUGAGGAAUGAAGGAGAUGGCGAGGUGUCAAACCAACAACUUUACCAACCAUGACUGGCACCAAGGUUUCCAGGAAUAUAUUAUUUUUAUUUUG